UUUACAGGAAAUAUGAGUAUCAGGAAGUAAAAAGUUUUGGAGAUUUGUUGUGUCGCUAAAAUUACUACAUAGCGUUCGUGUUAAAGUUUAACUCGGUUAAAAACCGGAUACACACAGUGUGUAAUAAAGGUUUGAAAGCUUGCCAACGCUGCCUACGAAGUCUAAGGACCAGCUGAGGAGGCCAUGAAUCGAGUCCCCCUGCAGCAGCAGCAGAGCUGUGGGGCCUGGGAGCUGAAGGAGCGGCUGGGCACCGGAGGCUUUGGGAAUGUCACAAGAUGGCAAAAUAAGGACACAGAGGAACAGAUUGCUAUAAAGCAGUGCCGUCAGGAGCUGAGCGAGAGAAACAAAGAGAGGUGGUGUCUGGAGAUCCAGAUCAUGAAGAGGUUGGAUCAUGUUAACGUGGUUGCAGCCAGAGAGGUUCCUGAGGGAAUGCAGAAACUGGUGACCACCAGCGACCUGCCACUGCUGGCAAUGGAGUACUGCCAGGGAGGGGAUCUGAGAAAGUAUCUGAACCUCUUGGAUAACUGCUGUGGAAUGAGGGAGGGCUCCGUUUUGAUUCUGUUAUGUGACAUUUCUUUGGCUCUAACCUACCUCCAUAAGAAGAGGAUCAUCCACAGAGAUUUGAAACCAGAAAACAUUGUGCUUCAGCAGGGAGAGAAGAGAUUGAUUCACAAGAUUAUAGAUCUCGGCUAUGCUAAAGAGCUGGACCAGAGCAGCCUUUGCACCUCAUUUGUGGGAACACUUCAGUACUUAGCUCCAGAGCUCAUUGAGAGACAGAAGUACACAGUCACUGUGGACUACUGGAGUUUCGGGACUUUAGUGUUUGAGUGUAUCACAGGAUUUCGCCCUUUCUUGCCAACAUGGCAACCUGUUCCUUGGCACAAUAAACUGAAGCUAAAGCAGGACCAUGAUAUUGUCGUCUAUGAGGACCUCUCUGGGGAAGUCCGCUUCUCUAAGCAUCUGCCCCAACCCAACAACCUCAACAGUCUGUUAUUGGAGAAACUGGAGAGGUGGCUGCAGCUGAUGUUAAAGUGGUCUCCUCAGGAGAGAGGCAAAGACCGCAAUGCUACGCCCAGCGACUGCUUCUCCCAGCUGGAGGUCAUACUGCAGCUCAAGCUGGUUCAUGUCCUAAACAUGAUGUCUGCUAAGAUCCUGUCAUACUCGGUCUCGGACGAUGAGACUGUGGCAGACCUGCAGCUGAGAAUAGAAAAAGACACCAGCAUCCCUGCAGCCAACCAGGAGCUGCUGCUGGAGGCGGGGUUAGCCUUGGAGCCUCAUGGACUGGCCACACAGUGCGCCAUAGAUUACACAGAGAUAGAUGGGCGACGGACAGACUUGCCUCUGGUCUUCCUGUUUGAUCGUUCCUCUUGCACUUAUGAACCUCAGUUUGCUCCUCGCACCCUUCCAGAAAACAUCCGCUUCGUCCAAACCGACCCUAAGCACCUUCUGGCUUAUAGCCCUCUGAGGAGAACUUGCGGCCAGGCGUGGCACACCAUCCGCUCCCUGAAGGAAGACUGGCAAAGACUGCAGCAGGGGCAGAAAGCUGCCAUCAUGAGCCUGCUGAGACACAACUCUUCACUGUCCAAACAGAAGAAUGAGAUGGUGUCCAUGCACCAGAGACUCAUGGCCAAGCUGGACUUCUUCACCACCAGCCUUCACAUAGACAUGGACAAAUACCAGGAGCAGACAGUCACUGGGAUCGCGUCAGAGAAACUCCUGGGCGUGUGGAGGGAGAUGGAGCAAACUGCUGUCAGCUGUGGUCAGGCCAAGGUGAGUGAACUGGAGGAGGAGAUGAUGCAGCUGCAGCCAGACAUAGUGGAUGUGCAGAGGCAGCCGUGGAGGAGUGGAGAGGCCCUGGACACACUUGAAGGAAAGGCCAUGGAGUUGUUCCGCAAACUCAGAGAAAAACCCAGAGACCAGAGGUGUUCAGGGGACAGUCAGGAGGUGGUGCGCCUGGUGGUUCAGGCUGUGCAGUUUUACGAGAGGAAGCUCAGAGACUUCUACACACACCUCAGUAAGACAGCAGUGUGCCGUCAGCGUGUGAUGGAGCUGCUGCCAAAGGUGGAGGGUGUCGUCCAGAGGAUGGCUGAGAGCGAACAAGUCCUGAUGAGUCUGCAGGAGAAACGACAGAGGGAGCUGUGGAACCUUCUCAAAGUCGCCUGUAGUAAAGUUCGCAGCCCAGUGAGCGGGAGUCCUGAUGGAUUACGAACCCCCUCUUCAGUGCCGCCUCUCCUGACCCCCAGACACAGCUUACAGCAGUUUGACGAGUCUCUUGUGGAGGAGAGCAGGACGUUUGAGAGUCGACUCCAGAGUUUGCUGCAUGACACCAUCCAGGAAUCAGAGAAUAGCAUGGAGAUGUUGAGCGAGUGGACGUGGAUGCAUGGAGGCCAGAAUUUCUCCAGUGACCUCUCUUAAAUUCAUUCUCAUUCUUUGCUUACAUGUGGUACUCUACUGCCUCUGUGUGGAUGGGAUGUCAAACUACAUGAGGAUGUGGUAGAAGCUGGUUUGUUUAACAAUGUGAACAGAGUAAUAGCUGCUGGCAAAUAUUUGCUUAAUGAGAUUAAGGAGUUGGUAAAACAGGAAAUUUAAUGCCAACCUGUAGUGCACUGAAGCAAAUGAUUAUGAUUAACAUCAGAGGAAUUUAUUUAUGUAAUUUUAACAAACCAUGAAAUACGUUUUGGGGUAAAGUUACACUUCAUUAUGCACAGAUCAACCAUUCCAUUGGUAUCAUGGAUCAAAUAAGAUGCUCGUGACAAAUAAACCAUUUAGAAAGUCCCAGUCAGAAUAUACCCACAGGUACAUACAUUCCUACAGUGUUACUGCAUGUGAAGAGGCUUGUACGAAGCGUCAAGCUGAAUCUGUCUUAAAACAGUGACCUUAAAACAGCUGACACACAUAAAGAGCAAAUUUUAUCCUCAAAUUUAGAAGUGAGAGAAUUCAUGAAAAUAAUUCUUUAAAUAAUGCUGACAGACAUUUCUCUUAUUUUUGAAACUAAAUGUUUUAGUUACAUUUGGGCCUUUAUCAGGAAACUACAGAUUGUAUUUUAAGACUUAUGUACAUUUAUCCCAAGUAAAACAGUGUUUUGGUUAUAUUCUAAAAAUAUCUGAACUGUGUGUUAUGAACCUAAAUGUAAAUGUGUAUCAGUUGUUAUGUGUUUCUCACUGGACCAUUAUUUUGUAUUGCAAAUUUUGUUUUAGUAAGACAAUCAUUGAAUGACAUGUGUGAUGUUUAUAACUGUAAAAUGACUAUUAUAACUAUAUGCUGUGAACACAAUAACAGGAACACCUGUUUAAUAUGGCGCAGUCCAGAAUCCCUGCAAUAAUUACAAAGCUUAUAAUGUUAAAUUCAUGUAGAGAUUGUGUGAGAGAAGUUGGGUAUGUGGUAAUGUUUGUGGCCAUAGUCAAACGACAAAAACAUAUCUUGUUACUCUCUUGGCUUGGUUCAAUAUGGUGAUUAAAAACAGAUUAUUUAUGGUCUAAACCUCAAACAUUUCCUUGUUUUACUGAAACAAUGCAACUGCAAAUGUAAGAAUAGAGUCAGAUUUAUGAAUUGAACCAAAACUAAAUUAACAUUUUAAUACCGCUAAUUCAUUUUACAUCCACUAUAUUUCAAUCUAGAUGUGACUGCUACAGCAAUUCGAUAUUGUACAGCUGCAUCGUGAUUUUCUUCACACGUUGCUUCAAAGCUGGACCUCCUGUGCCCAUGUUAAUUCCAACUAUUGGAGGUGGUCGUUACUGUAUAUAGAUCACACAGUGAUGAGAGAUGCUACAUAUUGGCAGGUGUCUUGUUGACUAUUUGUGUGUAUACUCUAUGCUGUUAAGAUUGUAAUAAUGUCUGAAUAACUGAAUGUCAGACAUUUCUAUCAUAAUUUUCAAAACAAAACUGAAUUUUGUAUCUUGAGUACAGUAUUUUACUGUACUGUAAGUUUCUUUAAUUCAUUUCCAUUUUUCUGGGAAUGAGGGCACAGGUUCUCCUCUUCCUUCACCUGUUUUAUGUCAACCAAAAUAAAAAUAAAACACACUCAUUAAGAUCAUAGUGUUUAACAUUCUUUAUUCCAUUAAUUCAAUAAAAUUAGUUUGAGGUCCUAACUGUCAACUAACUCUCCUAUACAAAGCACAGCACAGAUAAAGUGAAAUGUAGUGGUAAAGAUUGAACAGGUACAGGACAUGAAACGAGACAAGACAAAGAGUUGACACAGAGUUCCAAAUUGCCAUCGGCCCUUUUACCAAACAGGACCUGAAAAAUAGACAUUUAGGCAACUGAAGGUCCACAGUUUAUAACUGUGUUACUGAGGUCAAAUGGUGGAAUCAAAAUCAGUCCACUCAGUCUGAGAAGGAUCAGCCGCUCUUUGUCUUUUCUGCUUAAUUCUCCCCAGCUUUUAUUGCAUCUAUUUACAGUCACUGUACUUGUCAAUGUGACACCGAAAAGUCAAAAACUUCCCUCUAGCCUUGAAAGCAUGCAACAAAACCACAAUAUACCAAAACAAGAACUCUCUAAUAAUCUUAUUAAUGUCUAAAACCCAGAGUAUAUCUGAACAAAAAUGAUCUGACCACACAGUCAAAAUAAAAAGGUGCUUCAAAUCAAUUUCUGAAAGAAAACAGAUAUGUCUGAGACAUAAAUACUUUAUUAAAAGUGCACUUUGUCUGAUCAAACUGGUCAUAAGUAGCACAUUAUUUGGAGAACAUGGGUGUUGCAUGAAUUGCCUUGUUCUUUUGUUGUAUUCUGAUAAUAUAUGCUCAAAUGUUGGUUGAGGGACCUGUAAAUAAUGUAAAAUGUAAAAAUAACCAACAUAAAAUAAUGCUUGAUUCCUUUAACAGUACUAGAGGUCUUGGAGGCUGCAUGGGGUUUCAGGGUUAAGGCAAAGAAUGUGUGUAUCUGUGUGCUUAUGUGUGUAGGACUUAGAGGGAAAAUGUGUUUACGUGG